UAACAAUAUAAUGUUCAGUUUUCCAUUGACACAAGUAGGAAAUGCAAGCCUGGGAGCUUUAUCUGAUCAUUUCCGUGACUGCAGUGACACCUUCCACACAGAAUGAAGAUCCUCCUAAGGUGACUCUGUUACUGCAGACAGAGAGGGAACCCGUGUACACUGGAGACACUGUGACUCUGGAGUGCAUCGUUGAGGAGCACAUUGAUAUUUGGAUACAUCGAUGGUUCAAAAAUAGAAAGCCAAUCUGGAGGGAAACUAAAGAAAACACUCACAUAUUUCAGUCUGUGACUCAGUCUGACAGUGGAGAGUACCAUUGUGAUGCCUACAGAUGGGAUACUCGUGAUCCCACAAAGGCCAGCAAUGAUGUCAUAUUGAAUGUUCAAGAAAGGGGAGCCACAUUAAAGGUAAUCUCUGAACAUACGGAUGAUCAGAUACAUGAAGGAGUUGAAGUCCACCUGCUCUGUAUGGUCGAUGGAGAUCCAGCUGACUGGUCAUAUGAGCUGUACAAGAGUGGAGAUGAAAGCCCUCAUAAAACUCAAAUGGAGAAGAACUUCACCAUCGGCCCCGUGACCCUCUCACAUAAGGGGGAGUACAAGUGUCGGGCAGCAAGAGGAGCACUAUAUUCGAGUUUUAGUGAUCCUUUUCAGUUACAUGUGUCAGCUUCCUGGCUCCGUGUUAUUUUAAUUCCUGUUUGCCUUUUUCUGAUUCUUCUGUUGCUGAUAUUGCUGUUCUGUGUUUACUACAGGAAAAAAGGUUCACCUUGCAUCAGGAGUAAUAAGAGCAGGGGAAGAGAGAAUGAAAAUCAUGUGCCUGCUACGGGUGGAGAGUCAUCUGAAGUGAAUGAGUCAUCUGUCCAGAAGGAUCUUCUCGAUGAAGCUGGAAAAAAUGAAGAAGUCAUCUACUCGGAGAUGGUAGAUCUUCCCCAGAAUAGCAGCCAAGGAACACCACUGGUGAGCCCCACAACUUUGGUACUGUACUCUGAAGUUAGAGUUCCACAAUGUUCAGGCUCAACCUACUGAAUUCCCAGUUACCAAUGACAGGAGUUAAUGGAUGUUCACCAGUGUAACCCAUUUCAAGUUCUUCUUAACAUUCUAUGGGAUGCUGAUAGAUGUUCAUUGGAGUAUUUUUCUUUUUGAACAUUGCAGAAUUAAUCAUAGACAGAGGCAAAAAAUUCCCUAUUAUAAUACACUAGAAACAUGCAGGUGUACAAAUGAAAUUCGAGAAUGGACCAUGUAUUAUAAUUCUGGACAAAGAAAAAAGAAUAUUACAGAUCUGAUAAAGCAUUUUUUUUCAUAAAAUAUUUAAAACGUUUGUAUUUUCUGCUUCUUUAUGUGUUAAGAUAACAUUUGAAUAAAUUUGGUAGAGAAUACUUUAGGGUUAGGAGACAGAUAAUUACGAUUCUCAGGUGGGCAGAAUGGGCUUGUCCUAAUUGUAUUAUCGUGAAGUUUAUGAGAAUCACCAGGUAUAUUUAUUAGGUUCAUCCACUUCCACCCUUAAAGAUUAACACA